UCCUCCCCACGCAGCCCACCCACGGAGCCCACCCGAGGCCAUGGCAGCUCCGGCGGCCCAGGUGUCCAGGCAGCGGGCGGCAGCCGAACGUCUUGGCUCCAACCAGAAAGUUGUGAAAUACUUGGGCCAGGACUUCGAGGCGCUCAGGCAGCAGUGCUUGGAUUCAGGGGUGCUGUUUAAGGACCCCGAGUUCCCAGCGUGUCCGUCAGCCUUGGGCUGCAAGGAUCUUGGACCACGUUCCCCCCAAACUCAAGGCGUUGUCUGGAAGCGGCCCCCGGAGUUGUGCCCCAGCCCCCAGUUCAUCGCUGGUGGCGCCACCCGCGCGGACAUCUGUCAAGGUGAUCUGGGCGACUGCUGGCUCCUGGCGGCCAUCGCGUCCCUCACCUUGAAUGAAGAGCUGCUUCACCGGGUGGUGCCCAGGGACCAGAGCUUCCAGGAGAGCUACGCGGGCAUCUUCCGUUUUCAGUUCUGGCAGCGCGGCGAGUGGGUGCAGGUGGUGGUGGACGACAGGCUGCCCACGCGGGACGGGCAGCUGCUCUUCCUGCGCUCCGCCGAGGGUAGCGAGUUCUGGAGCGCGCUGCUGGAGAAGGCCUACGCCAAGCUCCUCGGCUCCUACGAGGCCCUCGCCGGCGGGUCCACGGUGGAGGGGUUUGAGGACUUCACGGGCGGCAUCUCGGAGUUUUUUGACCUGAAGAAGCCGCCGACCGGCCUGUUCCAGAUCAUCCGGAAGGCCCUCCGUGCGGGGUCCCUGCUGGCCUGCUCCAUUGACGUCUCCAGCGCGGCCGAAGUGGAAGACAUCACCCACCAGAAGCUGGUGAAGAGCCAUGCGUACUCGGUCACGGGGGUCGAGGAGGUGGAUUUCCGUGGGCGCCCGGAGAAGCUGAUCAGACUCAGGAAUCCGUGGGGCGAAGUGGAGUGGACGGGCGCCUGGAGUGACAAUGCCCCGGAGUGGAAUGACGUGGAUCCCAGGCAGAAGGAAGAGCUGGACAAGAAGGCCGAGGAUGGAGAGUUCUGGAUGUCCUUUUCGGAGUUUCUGAGGCAGUUCUCCCGCCUGGAGAUCUGCAGAUGGUCCCCCGACUCCCUGAGCAGCGAGGAGGCGCACAGGUGGGACCUGGUGCUGUCCAGUGGCCGCUGGGCCCCGAGCUCCACCGCCGACGGCUGCCAGAACCCCCCAAGCUCCUCCUAGGUCCCAGCCACUGGGGCAGCCCCGGAGGAAGACACCCCGAAAAGAUGCACCCACAUCUCUCAGGAGAGGGAAUCCAAUCCGCUUCCUCCACUUCCCGCCUCCCCAGGCCCGCGUGUCCUCCCGGCCUCGGUGAGGUGCUGCGUGCCUUAGACUGUCCGGGGGCAGGGCCAGCUGCAGGGCUGGGCUCGGUGCUGUGGAAGCAGCGUUACAAUAAAAUCCUCCUUGAGUG